AAGACGAACGUUUAUGAAUCGAUCUACUGCUACAUCAAACGCUUUAACAAAUGAAAACAUCUUACCUUCAACCAAUUCAAAAGUCUCUAUUAAUAUCUUUCCAACUACUCAUACACGUUUUUUACAUAAACAAGUUAAAGCUUCAAGUGGAAUUGCUAGUCCAUUAAGUAAACCGACGCUUUAUGGUACUGAACAUAUGUAUGGACAUUCUACGGCACCGUUUGGUGAAUUGUAUGAUAAUACAGAUAUGAGCUUUUUAUAUGAAUUAACUAGACCUGCUCCGGGUGUUGAUAGUGGAUCUAGUAAAAAUUAAUGAUAUCAUAAAUUAUCAUCAAAUAGCUUGGUUUAAUUACUUCUCAAAUUAGGUUGGAUUACUUUUGUGGGAGAAACUUUUAUUUUCUAUAAAAUCAUUUUGUGGUCUUGAUGUGUUUUGUUUUUAUUUGGAAAUGUUUUGGUUUUGGUUUUUGGUUUUUUGGUUUUCGUUAAAUUUUUGGUUUGAAAGGAUAAUCUCGUUUUUGUUUUGUCUUUGAAGAAUGUGAUAUGAUUCAUUUUAUACAAGAUUUAAUUUCUAUCUCAUCAUUUUUAAAUUCUGUAAAACUCGUUUUUUCUUUGAUGGUGUGUUGUCUGUUAAUAAUGUGUAUCAAAUAUAUAUGUUGAAGUCUUUGAUUUUUUUAUAGCUAAACAUGCGUGGAUCUUUUUAUAGCAAACAAAAAAGCUGAUUGAUUUGUGC